CCAAUAAACACCAAAGAUGAAGAAGAAGAAAACCGUGUUCACUAACGUACCGCUCUUGAACGCACCUCGGCAAAUUAGUCAGCCAGUUGGUUGAACUGUGACCAAAACAAUCUCAGAGGGAUAACAUUUGGCUUUCUGAUACAUAUUUUCCAAAUGCCGAUACGAUUGAACAAGAGGUGUGAGGAGAAAUAAUUUAAUUAGGUUUGCUUGGGCAAGUAGCAGGGCUUGUAGCUAGUAGCUGUUAGCUAGUAUGCUAACGUUACCGUAAGCUACCAGAAGCCGUUAGCUCGCUAACUAACGGUUACGUUAUGCCAGAAGACUCUAAAGCUGCUGGGAGUAGAAGCUGCUGCCUCUGUUGCCUUGACUACCAGCUAAGCAUUUCGGCUCACCAGCUAGUUAGGUAGCUAGUCAGGCUGAACCGAGACACUGAUAACUCAUUUUCUACGUUGCCUUUUACUGCCUGGAACAACAACUCCAGCAUGGGGAUGUGCUUACCGUGCCUUGGUGGAGCAGCGGACGACGUUGUUGUCACUCCAGAUCCAGAGACACGGAGACAACAAUUAGCUGAAGCUGCAGAGAAGAGACAAAAAGAGACAACAUACAGGGGCGUUAAAAAUCCAGAAGCAGUUGAGAGAAAAAAGAAAAAACAAGAAGAGAUUGAAAAACAGGCGAUGACCACCUCUGUGUCUGGUGGCGGGGGCGGGUUGAAGUGGCAGGUGGGCUGAAAAUCAGGAUGAAGUAUUGACUCAGAAGUCCAAAACAACAUGAAGAAUGGCAGCAAUAUGACUUGAAAGAUGUUUGAACUGCUGUCCAGUUUUUGAAUUAUUAUUAUUUUUUGCCUAUUUUAUGACGUUAUAAUGAGACAAACAGUUACGGUUGUCAUGCUCUAUGCAAAACAAUCUGUAGUUAUCACGAACUGCUGGCUCCCAUGUUGCCAAGUUAUACAAGCCACUUUGGACCUUUGGACAAGUCAGGGAUGACACAGAAAUGUGUGCGCAUGUACAGGUCCUACGGUAUUAAUAUAAUUUGACCCAUGACCAAGAUUAGAUUACACAAAAGAAUGUGAUAAUGAAGUCCAGUUGUAUCUCUGGUGACUGUUGUCGUAUGAACACAAAGCUGUCCUCCAACAUUUUUUGGCUCUUUCACCACACUGCUUCAGGUUUUCAUCAUCAAGGAUCUGUAAAUGCAUAUUAGUUUUUUUCUUUAAAAGUCCUUUAUGCAGAUUGCAUAUUUCACAACUUAAACACAAACAAUGUUUACAAAAAUUUAAGUGUGCUUAUUGUAGGAUGUGUAUACAGUAAGUAAGCACCCAGUUAACACUCAUUUCACCUUAUUUAGGGCUCUAUUUGUUGGCAACACAAUGACUCGUGCAAACAGUGUUAAAAGUUGUUGGAAUUUACCCAACUUGUAAUGCACUUGGUCUGUCCCUGGGCUGUUUUUGUUACCAGUGCUGCACCUAUGUCCCCUGUUGAUAAGAAUGGGGACUGCUGAUCAAUAUAAAACACUAAAACAAUUAUUAAUAAUUUGUUAACCAUCAAAACCAUCAGUGAUCUUGUGCACAUGGCUUAUUGCACUUUGCACUGGUCGUUGCCAUUACUCCUUAAACAGAGCCCUUUUUGUUUUUUGUCUUUUUUUCUGCACAAUUUUACUGUGUUGCAUUUCAAUUGCAAUGUAUGCAACACUGGUGUGAUGCCUGCUUAAUUUAAAGUAUAUGAAAUGUGUUUGAAUUGCCAUAUUAGAAACGUAAGCUUUUGUUAGACAUCUAUUUGCACAGUUUGUCAACAUUUGGUGAACAGCAAACAUGCUAUAACAGAAAGGGGAAGAAACUGAAGGAAAAGAACGUGAAGUAUGUACAGUCUGUACUGAAGUAUUUACUUUGACUCACUUAACUGAGUGCAUUUCUUAAGCCUUCACUCCUUAAAUGCUUCCGGUGCUCUCGCCAUUUUAUAGAUCAAGAAAUCUAGCCAAUGUUAUUUACUACAAUAAACCACAUUUCUGCUA